AUUAUAAUAACCUGUCGAGUAUGCCGUAUUAUCUCUGUUUCCCUAUCUUGCCGUAAGCCGUCUUAAUCUUUUCCCCCCCUUCUCAUCCGGGCCUCCUUCAAAUACGACCGAGGUCCCUCCCGACUCUCGUCAUUGUGUGUUCCCUUUCCGUAGUGAACAUCACAUUAGGUAGACAAGAACCUCGUUUGCUUUGAUACAGCUCAGCAAUGACAACAGUCAAGAACGAAGGCGCAUUGGCGCCUCACAACUCUUACGGAAAUGAAGUUAUAGACGAGGCCAAUAUCUAUCCUCCUUGGCAUGGCAUGUCGGCGACAGAAUAUUUGGCCACGCGUAUCUCUACGCUCAAGCCUCCGAUGACAAAAGCGCCCAAUCCAAUUCGCUUGGUUAGGAUGCUGAAUCGGCGCCAAUGGGCUUUCUUUGGUGUCGCAUUUUGGGCUUGGACGUGGGAUGCUUUCGACUUCUUUACUGUAUCUCUAACAGUCGACGACUUGGCCGAAUCGUUCGACAGGUCCAAUACCGAUAUAACAUGGGGCAUUACGCUCGUUCUUAUGUUCCGAUCUGUUGGCUCCAUCCUCUUUGGUAUCGCAGCCGAUCGCUACGGUCGGAAAUGGCCCUUCAUCGUUAAUAACUUGCUGUUCAUCGCACUCGAAUUGGGAACCGGUUUCUGUAAUACGUACGGAGAAUUCCUGGCUUGUCGUGCCCUUUUCGGAGUGGCUAUGGGUGGCCUUUACGGAAACGCCGCCGCAACCGCUUUAGAAGAUCUGCCAAACGAGUCGAGGGGUUUAAUGAGCGGUAUCCUCCAACAGGGAUACGCUUUCGGUUAUCUGCUCGCCACGGCCUUCGCCCGUGGUUUGGUCAACACCACAUCUCACGGCUGGCGCCCACUAUUUUGGUUCGGCGCCGGGCCCCCGGUUCUUUUCAUCAUCUGGCGUUUCUUUUUGCCUGAGACCGAAACGUAUAAACAACACCAGGCGCUGAGAGUUGCCAAUGGAAGCAUCGGCAAGACAUUUAUAACGGAGGGUAAGGUUGCUUUGAAGCGUCACUGGAUGCUACUUACCUAUUUGGUCCUCCUCAUGGCCGGUUUCAACUUCAUGUCCCACGGUUCUCAGGACUUAUAUCCCACCAUGUUGAGAAACCAGUUCAACUUUAACUCCAACCAAGUGACCGUCACUCAGGUCGUCGCGAAUCUGGGAGCCAUGAGCGGAGGAGCCAUCGUAGGUUUCUGCUCGCAAAUAUUCGGUCGCCGUCUUAGUAUCAUUGUUAUGUGCAUCAUCGGCGGUGCUCUUCUGUACCCCUACACGUUCGUCUCCAACGAGAGGAUCAUCGCCGCAGCAUUCUUCGAGCAGUUUUGCGUCCAGGGUGCUUGGGGUGUUAUUCCCGUGCAUCUGAUGGAAUUAUCGCCCGGUGCAUUUCGAACCUUUGUCGUCGGUACCAGCUACCAACUGGGUAACCUGGUCUCAUCGGCCAGUUCCACGAUCGAAGCGACAAUCGGAGAGCGUUUCCCGCUAGCGCCUAAGAACAACGUAAAGCGAUAUAACUAUGGCAUCGUCAUCUGCAUCUUCAUGGGUUGCGUUUACGCUUAUGUUAUCCUGCUAACGCUGCUUGGUCCUGAGCAUCUAAACAGGAGCAUGGACGUCGGUCACGAUGCCGAUGCACUUGAGGCAGCAGGACAGGAGAACGUUAGCAAGGCAGUUGGACAUGAUAUCCACGGGCGCGAGGCCUCGGCAAGCGAGGAUGGCGACCCGGAGAAGGGAACUGUUACUCAUGCGAAUUAGGAUUAGAUUCGGAAUAUUUACGACAGGGACCGCUAGCAAUGAUCACUUACUGAUGAUCCCGGUGAACGAUGGUCGUCUCUGAAAUUUUGAAUAUCAGUCUUUAGUCUUUCAUGUUUAAAAUCGAUUAGGUGUGUUAUAUCUAGAUGGAUAAGGGCCGGGUUUGUUUUGAUACCAUUUUAGUUUACAGAUUAGUUUACAGAAUAUGAUUCAAUAUUAAGUUGCCUUGUAUUAUCGUCCAAGUGCUACAUACAACC